GGAGGGGUCGGUGAGGGGGGCUCGGUCCCGGUACCGCCCCGCUGAGUCACCGCCCGCCGGCGGGACGGGGCGGGGCGCUGCUCCGGGCUGCGAGGUGCGGUGCUGAGCCGAGCCGUGCCGAGCCGUGCCGAGCCGUGCCCAGCCGUGCCAGCCCAGCCGAGCCGUGCCAGCCCAGCCGAGCGGAGCCGGGCGGUGCCGGGCGGUGCCGAACCGAGCCCGCUCCGACUGCAGGCUCUGCCGUGUCCUUGAAGGCCAAGCCAAAGCAGAGAGCUGCCCGGGAUGAAGGUCCUCUUCCUGCUCCUUCUCUUCCUCCACCAAGGGGUGGGAGCCAAUGGCCACAGGGAAGAGGAUUUUCGUUUCUGUGGUGACCGAAACCAGACCCAGGAGAGCUCUGUCAUCUACCAGUACAGCCCCACCAACAUCUCCAUCGAGAACACAGCCCAGGAACUGAUAAUAAAAGGGCCCGUUGUGCCAAACAGGGGAAACUUUCAAAGCAAGUACAGCUUGGCCCGCACCUUGGGCAGGUACCGCUUCUGCAUCUUCUGGUUUGAGUCCAACAGGACCCUGCGGCUGGUGUAUGGGAAGAACAGCAUCUCCCUGGGUGGGAACCCACCCAGCAACAUCUCCCUGGGUGGGAACCCACCCAGCAGCAUCUCCCUGGGACAGGAGAGUCAGAAGAUUAAAAGAACCAGAGCCAAUAUCUUCAAUGUGUCCUAUAUCAUAAAGGGCGGGAAGAACACCUCCCUGGAUGCUAAAGCUCUUUACGUCUUCCCUGCCUCUCCAGGGAGCAUGCCUGUCUGGAAGCAGGAUGUGGAGAAGCAGCUCACUGCCUUGGACAACCUCAUUGCCCAGCCCCUGGCUGCAGCCACGGGAGCCACGGAGCGGCAGAGGCUCCGGCGCAAACUUGGGGAGCUGGAGAAGAUGCUGGCCAAGGUGGAGCUGGAAGGGCAGAACCUGACCUUUGGGGAGGCCACUGUGCACGCGACCGUCCUGAGGGUCCAGCCCAGCCCGGCUCCUCAGCACCUGACCUUUGCUUCCCAGAGAGAGGAGAGUGGAGAGGUCCAGAGAUUCACGGUGGACCUGCCAAGCAGCCUGUUCAUGAUGGUGAAGGAGAGGGAGGAGGUGGUGGAGCACAGGGUGCUCCUCAUGGACAUCAACAGGCAGACCAUGUUCCAGGAUGAAAACAGCAGCCACGUCCUGGGUGACAAGGUAGUCAGCAUCUCCCUGGUGGACACAGUGGUGGCCAACCUCUCCGACCCAGUGGUCCUCACUUUCUUCCAUGACCAGCUGCCGAGGAACGUGACCCCACUGUGCGUCUUCUGGCAGGAGGACACCGCUGCCAGUUCUGGGAGCUGGGACAGCUAUGGGUGUACCACAGUGACAGGGAGCAGCCACACAGAGUGCAGGUGCAACCACCUCACCUACUUUGCUGUGCUCAUGGUAUCCUCUCCAGAGAUCACCUCUGUGCACAGGAAUUACCUGAGUAUCAUAACCUACAUUGGCUGCCUGAUCUCGGCUUUGGCAUCCAUUUGCACCAUCUUCUUCCUCUACUUCAGAAGCAAACAGCGAGACCAGAUCACGAGUAUGCACAUCCACAUGAACCUGCUGGCCGCCAUCUUCCUCCUGGACAUCACCUUCCUCAUCUCCGAGCACUUGGCUGCCAGCAGCAGCGAGGCCAUCUGCAGAGCUGGGGGGCUGUUUCUGCACUUUUCACUCCUGAGCUGCCUCAUCUGGAUGGGCAUUGAGGGCUACAACCUCUACCGGCUGGUGAUCGAGGUCUUCAACGCCUACCAUGACCACUUCCUCCUCAAGCUCUGCCUGGUUGGCUGGGGACUCCCCUUGGUCUGCGUGAUGACGAUCCUCCUGGCCAGCUGGGCAAACUACGGCCCCGUCUCCAUUCCCAUCUAUGAAUCCAUGGAUGGCAGAACCACCAACGCAACCAUGUGCUGGAUCACGAGCCCCCUGGUCCAUAACACCGUGAACCUGGGUUUCUUCAGCCUGGUGUUCCUCUUUAACUCGGUCAUGCUGGGGGCCAUGGUACGGGAGAUCCUCCGGCAGAACAAAAAGGGUCACAAGCUCAAGCACGUCCUGGCCCUCUUUGGGCUGAGCAUCCUGCUGGGCAUCCCCUGGGCACUGAUCUUCUUCUCCUUCACCUCUGGUGUCUUCUGCCUUGUCUCCCUCUACAUCUUCACCAUCAUCAACUCCCUCCAAGGUUUCCUCAUCUUCCUCUGGUACUGGACCAUGGUGCUGCAGGCGAGGAAGUCCCCUGACUCUCAGAGCAGCUCUGACAGUGCCAAGCUGCAGCCCAGCAGCAGCUGAGCCCCGUGGUGGCCGUGCUGUGCCAGAGUUCCCCAUGCCAAGGACGGCCACAAGAAGGACCACACCAACUGCUUUGCUACUGCGCUUGCCCUGUAGCGCCAUGAGGAGCCCCGGGACCCACAGUGGGGCCAGCCACCCCCCCUCUGCUGACCCCCGCCCCAAUUUUCUCAUCCUGACUGGCUUGGCACCCUUGGGGCAGGAGGGAAGGAGGGAGGGAGAGAUGCUUACUUGGGCAAUGGGGGUUGUAAAAAGUGGAAGGGGCGGGGUCCCCACUGCCUUUGGAUGUCCCCUCCCAUGUCCUGAGGCCAGGAGUGAUGGGUGGGAAAGGCCCAGUUUUCAGCCCUUGGUUAUGGUCACCAUAAGGGUCCUUCUCCAGGGAAGAUAGAAUGACUCUGCCCCUGCCACACUCUCAGGCAGCUGAAAUAAUCUAUUUUUGUUAUUUUGUUGAAUGUCUAUUUUUGGGUGAUGUAGGAGUUCAGUGAGCAUGCCUGCACACCAAACUUGUGCCCAUUAAAGUUCUUCCUCUCC